UUUCCCAACUCAACUUCCAGCGUGUCCUCAUGACAAGAGCUGCCGGUUACAUUUGUCAACAGUGCAGAACUGUCUGGUGACUGGAAGGUGCUAGAAAGAAACAUAAGGGAAGAGACUGUGAGCUAAGCACUGGACAGGCCACUAAGAAAUUUUAUUCCUGAUAGCUACAGGCAUAUCUAGUAGGCUUUCCUUUUUUGUGUGCCGGUAUUUUCUGACCAAUGAUGCACUGUCUGAAGCACUUAGGAACGUCCAGUGUGGGAAAGCUGCUGGUUAAGCAAGCGGGGAAAUGGACGAGAGCUGGAGGCAACGGUGGACAUUUGUUUCAAUGGCAGCUUGUUCAGCUGCUGCGAACGAGCGCAGUGUCACCUAUGCAGCAUCCACACCAACAACAUGUGGUCCAGGAUACCGAUACAGAGGUGGAAAGGAAGGGAACAUUGACUGGGCUGGAAGAUCUACUGUUUUACACAAUUACUCAAGGAGAGGAGAAGAUUUCUGUGGCUCGCUUCAUCAGCGCACUGAAGAGCACAGGAUUGUUGACCUCAGACCCUCGACUCAAGGACUGCAUGUACCAGCUUCACCAGGCAGUGUACGAGUCUGCUGGUACAGCAGUGAUGGAUCAGGAACUCUUCAGAAAAUGUGUGGGCAGCAAUAUUGUGCUGCUUACUCAAGCUUUCCAGAAGAGGUUCAUUAUCCCAGACUUCAUGACCUUUGCAUCUAGUAUUGACCAGCUGUACUACGACGCACAAACACUGCAAGAAGGCAAGGUUUCAGACUACAUCCCUCAACUGGCUAAAUUCAACCCUGACCUGUGGGGCGUGUCUUUGUGUACAGUCGACGGUCAGAGGCACUCUGUGGGAGACACACAGGUGCCGUUCUGUUUGCAGUCGUGUGUAAAGCCACUCGAAUACGCUCUGGCUAUCAAUGAAUUAGGGUCCGAACAUGUGCAUAAAUAUGUGGGAAAAGAGCCCAGUGGCCUCAAAUUUAACAAACUAAGUCUAAACGAGGAUGACAAGCCUCAUAACCCCAUGAUGAACGCAGGGGCCAUCGUCAUCAGCUCUCUUCUGAAGCCUGGGUCCAAAAAGGCAGAGAAAUUUGAUUAUAUGAUGGACUAUGUGAAGAGAAUGGCAGGUGGAGAGUAUGUGGGUUUCAGCAAUGCCACGUUUCAAUCAGAAAAAGAAACGGGUAAUAGGAACUUCGCAAUUGGUUAUUAUCUCAAGGAGAAAAAAUGUUUUCCCAGUGGAGCAGACAUGAUAGCAGCACUUGAUUUCUACUUUCAGUUGUGCUCGAUUGAGGUGACAUGUGAGUCAGGAAGUGUCAUGGCUGCCACUCUGGCUAACGGAGGGAUCUGUCCAAUCACAGGAGAGCGUGUGCUGAGUGCUGAAGCUGUGAGAAACACUCUGAGCCUUAUGCAUUCCUGCGGCAUGUACGACUUCUCCGGCCAGUUCGCCUUCCAUGUGGGCUUGCCGGCUAAGUCAGGAGUGUCCGGUGCUGUGCUUUUGGUGGUUCCUAAUAUCAUGGGUGUGAUGUGCUGGUCUCCGCCUCUUGACCGUGUGGGCAACAGUGUGCGAGGCAUCCACUUCUGUCAGGAGCUGGUUUCUGUCUUUAAUUUCCAUAACUAUGACAACCUGAGACACUUUGCCAAGAAACUGGACCCUCGCAGACAGGCUGGCCACGAGAGGAAUAAGGCUGUAAUUGAGCUGAUGUUUGCUGCAUACAGUGGAGAUGUUUCAGCACUCAGGAGGUUUGCUUUGUCAGCAGUGGAUAUGGAGUUGAGGGAUUAUGACUCUCGGUCUGCUCUGCACGUGACUGCUGCAGAAGGCCAUUUGGAAGCUGUGAAGUUUUUAACAGGGACAUGCCGAGUGAACCCGCAUGUUAAGGACAGGUGGGGAAACACACCUCUGGAUGAUGCAAUGCAAUUUGGUCAUGAAAGUGUGGUAGAAGUGCUGAAGGAAUAUCAGCGCAUUUACUCUCACACACUCAUGCCUCAGGAGAUCAGCUCACAAGCACAAGCACUGGACGCAGAAGAUCUGAGGAACAUGGAGACUCUGGAGGGGUUUGUGUGAUACAUGGCACUGAGAGGCAUGUGGUACACUGCCACACACACACAGACCAUGUAAUGGCUGGCUGUUGCUAUUGCUGUGUACAGCGAUGGGAAGUUUGAGUCUGUUCACCAAACUGAUUCUUCUCUAUUUAACUGUCACUUUAAAUGAAUCAAACGUCCAAGUCAAUGCUUCAUUGAUUCACAUGUCAAGUUCAGCUCUAUUCUCAUUUACUCUGCAUUCAAUUACCUUUGUCACUUUAUUGUCCUCUGCUACAUAUGUUUCUGUCCAAUGACCACUGGGAUAGGCUCCAGCACCUCCCAUGACCCAAGAGGAUAAGCGGUUUAGACAAUGUGUGUGUGUGUGUACUUCAUAAAUGUCUGCUAAUUCUAGUCACUAGAAGCGCACAAAGCACAAACACGUAACAGAGAAAGCUAGCAGAGAGACUAUGUAAGCAUAUUCAAAAAGUGUUCGUAAUAAUUUAUUUUAUACGUUUACAUUUUAAAAGAGUGUUUUUUGGACAUCACUAUUGCUGUCCUGCUGCGAUCUUAAACUAGGCUCAAUCUGGUCUGGUUUGGAAGUCCCUAAAUAUCUAUGUCAUGAUUUCUGAAGGUCAGAAAAGAAGGACUGCAUUCUCAGGUUAGUCCUGUUUGUUUUUUCACCUCCUUCAACUCUCAGCACACCUGAGCCAGGUAAUAACAGGUUGUAAAAUGCUAGUAAAAUGGCUUAGGUGUGAGAGAGAACCAGGAACCAAAACCAUACCAAAACUCUGAGCUGAUUUCCCAGAUAUGGAUUAAGCCUAGUUUUGGACUAAAUGGUAACUCACCAUUGAAAAUGCUUUUUAGUGUAGGUUUAAACUUAAUAUGGGUCUAGAAAUCUGGAGUAAAUUUGGAGUAAAACUGCUUGUUAAUUUAAGUAAUCAAUAAAGAACAUUAUUUAAAAGAAUUUUUUUAGCACAGCAGUACCACUACCAUGCUUUAACUUCUUGGCUUAAUGUAAAGCUGCCUCUAUACAUUUGAAAUGUGAUAAUCUUACCUGUACUUAAGAGGGGGAUGAAUGCUGUACAGAUGAAUGCUGUACAGUAGACAGACUGUGCAAUCAGAGUGCUCAUGUUGUAUAUUUGUAAAUAUGUAUCUGCAUAUAAUGCACUGAAUAUAUGUAUAUGUAUGCACAUGUUUGUAUUUAGACUUUUAACAUUAUAAAAGGCCCUAGAUACAAUAUUAUUUAUUACAGGCAGAAUGUGUGAGGUGUGGGAAUCUCAGGCAGAAUGCAAGUUGGUGUUGCAAUACAAGAACUCAUGAAGACAAUUUACUGUAUAUUGUUUGUACACAAGUAUAAGGUCACUGUCAUUAAAAACAAAAUAUCUGUCAUUUAAAUUGAAAGUUGACAGUUGAUAAACUCUCUCAACGCUUUGCAGGUUUGGAGAUGUAGACAGUGAUAAUGAAGUUCCUAUUAGCUAAGGAGCUGAAUGUACGGUAAAACUGAGCAUAUGAAAUAUAAAUAAAGAUGGUCACUGCCAAA